AGCGCUAUCAUUAAAUUAGAAAGAUUGUUCCAUUCUCUCCCAUUUUCAUUUAUAUGUAAUUCGUUUCGUCAAAUUUAAUAAUACUGAACACCUUAAUAUUUCAACAAAUUUAAUCCGACGUAUAAGAUCAUAUUAAUCAUACUAAAGCAACAACUUAACACUUGUUGAUUUGUAGAUGCUAUUUUUAAGCAUUAUCACAGCAUUUAGUGUUAUUAUGCGGAAUGAUUACGGGCCAUAAGUUUCGUAAUUUUACAGCCUAACACAAAGGGGACAAUCAACUACUUUAAAAGGAAAUUAUUAAUAUAUUAAGUGUCAUUAUAUUUUAAUCAAUUUAUAUGUUUAUAUUUAUAUAGACGUUAUGUAACAGGAUAACAUAUUUAUUAUCUUAGUAGAUAUUUAUGUAUACAUUUUUAAAUACAAUUAAAUCCCCGAAACGAAAAGAAAGUUGAAUAAUUGUUACCAUAUGUCAAAGAAUUAAAUUAUGUCAACAAAUUAUCCAUACGUAUACCAGAUAUGUUUAGACAUGGAGCAAAUUACAGAACCACGUGUGAAUCUGGAGGGUUUUAGACCGCUCAUCAUUGUAAUGGAAAUCGUCGGAGCAAUACUGAUAAUUCUAGUUGCAGUUUGGUGCGGCAAUUAUAGAGGUGGUUUUGCUUGGAAUUCUAAUCCAACGUUAGAAUUCAAUUGGCAUCCUCUUUUAAUGGUUAUUGGAUUCGUAUUUCUAUAUGCCAAUGGUAUGUUAAUAUAUAGGACACAAAGAAAUAAUCGAAAACGAAGAUUGAAACUAAUUCACGCAGGCAUAAUGAUGUUAAUUGUUGCAUUAGUUGUAAUUUCUCUUGUGGCUGUGUUUGACAGCCACAACUUGCAAUCGAAACCAAUUCCAAACAUGUACAGUCUUCAUAGUUGGGUUGGGCUCACUAGCGUAAUUUUAUUUUGCUGCCAGUGGCUUGCCGGAUUUCUAUCUUUCCUGUAUCCAGGAUUACAGCUUCCAUUACGGGCUUCUUACAUGCCAAUUCACGUAUACUUUGGAAUCGCAGGAUUCGUUGGUGUAAUUGCUUCCUGUCUUUUAGGCCUCAAUGAAAAAGCAUUUUUUGCUCUAGGAAAUAAUUAUCCAAACCUUGUAGACGAGGCGAUAUUAAUUAAUGUAAUCGGACUUAUGUUAGUCGUUUUUGGUGGAUUAGCAGUUUAUUUGGUAUCACAAGAACGUUACAAACGUUUACCUAGAGCAGAAGACGAAGCAUUAGUUGGUGGCAGAUCACAGUAAACGAUUACGGUAUAUAAAAAAACUUAUUCUUGGCUUUCCAAUAUAUAAACAAAUUUUUAGUUAUACUUUCAUAGUAAUUACAACGUCAGUUAUCGAAAUAUUUCGAUUCGUUUGAUCGACUUUCAUGAUCUUCUAUUAAGAAUAAAACUAUUAGCUGUCGUGAAUCUCUUUUUUAUCCUUCGUUAGGAAACUAGUUCAAAAUCAUUUAAUAUCCAUGUUAAAUCAUAUUUAACUAUUUUACAUUGCUCACAUUUACAUUGUUCAUUUUAUACUAUUUUUAAAUCUUUUGUACAGUUUUUAUUGGUUGUUAGUUCAAUUAGAUAAAUAAAACUUUUUAUAUAUAUAUUAUGUGAUGAUAGUUUCAGAAAUUUAAGAUUUUUCCAUCUCCGUGCUUUCGUUGAUACAACAGAGCUGUGGUUUAAGUUGUAUUUAAAAUAAAAAAUGAUGGAUAUUAUUAGCACUUAGAUAAAUUGAAAUUUUAUGAUAGAUAAUUUUCGUUCAAUAUUGUGUCUCGUAAAAUCUAAUCUCAUCAGUAUGUUCAAUUAUUUUAGAUAAAACAUAUUUUAUCUAACGUAUUUUCUAAUAAUUAAAUAAUACUACCUUAAAUGGUUGUAAUAUAAAAUAUUGUGAAUAUUAUAUUGUUUUAAUAUAUAAUUUAAUAUAUGUAUAUGUAAAUGCGUAUAUAUGUGCGAAUAUCAAACUUGUGUUCGUCUAUCAAUCAAUGUACAUUAUGAUGGUUGACGGAAAUGUACUUAUUCAGAAAAGUAUAUAUAAGAAGAAUAUACAUCUUUCAAGCAUAA